AUUUGACCAAAGUAAAGACCUUGAAGCCAGAUGUUUCUCUAUCUGCUCCCUCUGCCCCGCCUCCACUGAGCGCAUCGUGUUACAAAGUUAGGAGCAAAAAAUGGUUUCAAGGAAAUGAAAAUGAAACAAAACUCCACGUCACACUGUAACGAGCUAUACAAUGGGAACAACCCAGUUAUAGUCAUUCACACUCUACCCACACACUGAGCAGGUCUGGUUUAACCCACAGGCACAUUCCUACUCAAAAAUGUACCAACAGCAGUCCUACUCCUGGGAGGAAGAUGACUUUCAGCUUCCACCUGGGGUUAAGAAAAUUGGCCAUGAACAGCCAAAUUGCGGUCAGACCUACGUCAUGUACCACGGCACCACCAGGACCAAUGCAACGGCCAUCCUGAGAGAGGGGUUCCGCCAGUCUGCGGGCGGGAUGCUGGGCCGUGGCGUCUACCUCAGCCGUGACCUCAACAAGGCCGGAGCGUAUCCCAUCGACCCUAGUCUACCUGACUCAGAGCGGGUGGUGUUCAGGGUGAAGGUCAACGUGGGGAACGUGAUCGCGAUUAACUACCAGGGCCAUCCUCGCCAGAAUAACUGGCACGAUUGCCGGUGCGGGGAGGUCUUCGACACUGCCUGGUGCCCCCCGAACUGCGGCAUGACGAGGAGCGGCUUGGAGGAGGACUGCGUCUGGGACCCCAGCAGCAUCAAGAUAGACAGGUGUAUCGCUCCAACCCCUAAGGCUGGGCAAAUGCCCGGCCAUCCAUUCUAUGGAAACAAAACAACCCGUCACACUGUAGCGAGCCAUAUACCAGGAGCAACCCAGUCAUUCACACUCUACCAACACACUUUGCAGGUCUGGUUUAACCCACGGGCACAUUCCUAUUCAGAAAUGUCCCAUCAGCAACUGUUCUCCUGGGUGGAAGAUGUCUUUCAGCCUCUAUUUGGGGUUGAGAGAAUGGGCCAUGGAAAGCCAAAUUGCAAUAAGACCUACGUCAUGUACCACGGCACCACCCGGACCAAUGCAACUGCCAUCCAGCGCGAUGGUUUCGUACAGUCGGUGGACGGGAUGCUGGGCCGUGGCGUCUACCUCAGCCGUGACCUGAACAAGGCCAGAAGGUAUCCCAUCGACCCUAGUCUACCUAACUCAGAGCGGGUGGUGUUAAGGGUGGAGGUCAACGUGGGGAACGUGAUCGCGAUUAACUACCAGGGCCAUCCUCGCCAGAAGAACUGGCACGAUGGUGGCUGGCUCGUGACCAGGGAGGUCUUCGACACUGCCUGGUGUCCCCCGAACUGCGGUAUGACGCCAGGGGGCAUGGAGGAGGACUGCGUGUGGGACCCCAGCCGCAUCAAGAUAGUCAAGUGUAUCUCCCCGACCCAGAGGGGUCAGAGGGGUCAGAGGGGUCGGAGGGGACGGAGGGGUCGGGGCAGGAUCCCUUAAGUGGGAGCACGCCUCAUGUUGAAGUUAGAAAUGUGACAAAAUUUGCCCAAUUCAGCCAAUGUUUUGCUUUUUGGUACAUUUGCAUUUUUAAAAAAUCAUAUUUUUCAUUGUUUCAUUCCAAAAAAACAUUUUAUAAAAAUAAAUUUG